GUCAGCCUGUGGUCAUUGUGGUCCUUGAAGGCAUCAGACAAGUAAUUUUUUAAAAAACGUUUUUCUUAAAUGUAAUUCCUUCCCACCUCCACAAAAAAAAAAUGCCUCCUAAAAAGAAUUCACCUGAGAAAGCCUCUUCCGGUAAUGCGCCGGUGCUCAAAAAAAUGGGUCCUGCAUCUGUACGCAAGAUGUCAACGCAUCCUCCAACACUCAUCAUGGUGAGAGAGGCGCUCAUCGAACUGGACUCCAGAAAGGGGGUCUCGUUGCUGGCCAUUCAGAACUUUAUCAAGCGCAAUUACCCGUCGGUGGAUCAUAUCCGGGUCAAGCACUUUGUCCGCAGAGCCAUCAAGAAAGGCCUGGAAAUGGGCAUCUUGGUGAGGCCGGCCCACGCCACAGUCGCCGUAGGCGUCAUGGGCAGAUUUCGGCUUGCCCCAAAGACCAAAGACUCGAAACCCAAAGAGCCCAAAGCGAAAGGCGAGAAUGUGGAUCCAAACGUGCAGAAAGCUCCUAAAGCAGCAAAGGAGGACAGCAAGAAGAUGACCGCUAAUGGUGCCAUAAAGAAGUCUGCUGCUGCAAAUAAACCAAAGAAAGAGGAGUCAAAGGUUCGCAAAAGGUCAAAGGAAGAUGAUGUGCUCCCAGCCACCAAGGUGGUGCCGGCCAAGAAGCCCAAAGCUAAAAAAGCCAUAAACAAGGAAGAUGAUGAAGAGGCUGCAUCUUCUGUGAAGGCCAAAGCGAAGCCCAAGGAGACUAAGAUGAAGGAGCCCAAGGAGACCAAGACGAAGGAGACCAAGGAGCCGAAGGAGGCUAAGACGAAGGAGACCAAGGAGCCCAAGGAGCCCAAGGAGCCCAAGACGGCCAAGACCAAGGAGCCCAAGGAGGCCAAGACGAAGGAGCCCAAGGAGACCAAGGAGCCUAAGGAGGCUAAGACGAAGGAGCCCAAAGAGUCCAAGCCUAAGCAGGUGAAAGAGUCCAAGGCAGUAAAGGGUAAAGCUGCCAAAGUGUCCAAGGAUCCUGAACCAAAAGCCCCUGCUAAAAGAGGAAGGAAAAAGAAUGCGGAGUGAAGAUAUUUAAACUAAAAUUUUUUUCUAAUAAAAUUCACUUUUUUGUAAA